GAUUUCACAAAGCACUUCAUACUUCUCUAACCACAGGGUUCAAGUUGCUCUCAUACUUCUCUCAUUAUUAAUGGCUUAUUCAUAAUAUAGAAACAUUCUUUAUGGUAAAAUUUAUAGAAAUUUGUAUAACUCGAGUGGCAGGUUGUCCAGUCCCACAUGUCCCUUCUUCUUCUGCACUCCUCCACUACACACUCCACAUGUUUCCUGUGACAUGACCAUUAUCACUUUUAUGUGGUUUAAACAUUGAUGUUUCUGUAUCACACAUUUAUGUCCUGUAUGGAGAAUCCAGGUAUAGCGAAGUACGUGAUGAUCAGUACAGGCGCAGUGUUGUUCGCUGUUGGUGUGAUUAUAGCAAUCUACUGCAAAAGAAAGCAUCAAGGCUCUGAAACAGUGACACAAUCUCCCAGAGAGGUACAGGCCAAUGAUCUGAUUCAGACAAAUGGAGAUCAUGAAAAUGACCAAAAUGUACUUCCUCUCCAAGCAAGAGAAAAUGCCAAACCUGAAUCUGUCUAUCAGAGGCUCGAUCCAACUACCAGGCAAUCAGACUCAGUCGACCAAGAUCUGACCUUCACUCAUAAGCAAUCAGACUCAGUCGACCAGGAUCUGACCUUCACUCAUAAGCAAUCAGACUCAGUUGACCAGGAUCUGACCUUCACUCAUAAGCAAUCAGACUCAGUCUACCAGGAUCUGACCUUCACUCGUAAGCAAUCAGACUCAGUCGACCAGGAUCUGACCUUCACUCAUAAGCAAUCAGACUCAGUCGACCAGGAUCUGACCUUCACUCAUAAGCAAUCAGACUCAGUCUACCAGGAUCUGACCUUCACUCGUAAGCAAUCAGACUCAGUCUACCAGGAUCUGACCUUCACUCGUAAGCAAUCAGACUCAGUCUACCAGGAUCUGACCUUCACUCGUAAGCAAUCAGACUCAGUCUACCAGGAUCUGACCUUCACUCGUAAGCAAUCAGACUCAGCCUACCAGGUUAUGUUCUGAUACGACUGUUCACCAUCCAAGUGAAAGGAACUUGAUCCAAAGAAAACUGUCAUAAUGUUUAUAUUUUCCCCAACAGAUAUUUGUCUGGGGCGGCAUGGUGGUGUAGUGGUUAGUGCUGUCGCCUCACAGCAAGAAGGUCCGGGUUUGAGCCCCGUGGCCGUCAAGGGCCUUUCUGUGCAGAGUUUUCAUGUUCUCCCUGUGUCCACGUGGGUUUUCUCUGGGUGCUCCGGUUUCCCCCACAGUCCAAAGACAUGCAGGUUAGGUUAACUAGUGACUCUAAAUUGACCGUAGGUGUGAAUGUGAGUGUGAAUGGUUGUCUGUGUCUAUGUGUCAGCCCUGUGAUGACCUGGCGACUUGUCCAGGGUGUACCCUGUCUUUCGCCCAUAGUCAGCUGGGAUAGGCUCCAGCUUGCCUGCGACCCUGUAGAACAGGAUAAAGCGGCUAGAGAUAAUGAGAAUGAGAUGAGAUAUUUGUCUGGCCUGUGGAAUACUCAUUUACUGUUUUUUUUUUUUUCUGUUUCUGAAUGAAAUUUUGUUACUUUAACUGUCUGUUUCUUCAACUGGAUAUCAUUUCUGAUAAAUCUACCAGCAUCU